AUGAGAACUCGACCAUUGGUCAAUGACGAGAAUGUAAUGCUGCAGCAACUCAAUGCAAAACCAAAGCAGGUCCCCUCUGGCUCCAAUUCCGCAACCACAGCAACGACAGCAUCUACUACCGCGAGUCUAAAGUCCACAAGGACGAGCAAAUUGGUGCAGCCUUUGCAUCAACAUCCCAGAGACCCCUUGAGCGAUGUCACAGCUCAAGCAAACUAUAAAACACGGUUUGGUGGUUUGAUUCAGCCACAUCCCGUAUCGAGUCACCAGCACAAGCCAGGAAACAAAAGCAACAGCAGUAGUUUGGGAAUAAGCGGUAUAACCACCGCCACGACCAAAGCCGACAUCUACAAACAGCAGGGUACGCGCACUAUCCAUCAGUACAAGAAGCCGCGAUUGGAGAUGCCUGUUGAGGAAGGCUUGGAUGAGGAAAGCUUGGAUGAGGAAAGCUUGGAUGAGGAAAGCGCUAGAGAUAGUGAGGAUUCCGAUGAAGACAAGGAGAACCAGCUGAGUCGGAUAUCCAACUUGCACCAAGAGCGUGACUAUUCGAUGCGUUUUGGAGAAGACGUUGAAGAAGAACAACCACGGGAACAAGAUGUUGUUGUUGUUGUUGACGAUGAUGAUGAUGAUGAGGAGGAGGAGGAUGAGGAGGAGGAUGAGGAGGAGGAUGAGGAUGAGGAUUAUGAAGACUUGGUGAUACCGCAGAAACUGAGCAUAGUCAACAGCUACGAAGAAGAAGAUGAUUACGACGUCGACGAAGAGGAAAAUCGCGAUGGUGACGAAGAUGAAGAUGAAAUUGAGCAUCGCCGAGAAGUGGGACGCCUCCUGGCUGAAUCGGCCUCCAAGAAUAUCCCCCCGGCUUCAUCUUCACGCAUGCAGUCGCAAACCCCGAAGCACGAGCCCAUGAAGCCCAUUUGGACUCCCUCCGCCAUCGCCGAAAUGAAACACAUCAUCGCCAAGUACUCGCGAGACGCACUCGACGAAAACGACGAAGACACGUAUGACGCGACGAUGGUCGCGGAGUAUGCGCCGGAAAUCUUCAACUACAUGCGACAAUUGGAAAACAAAUACGCCCCCGAUGCCAACUACAUGGAGCUGCAAACCGAGCUCAAAUGGGAAAUGCGCGCCGUCCUCAUUGAUUGGGUUGUGCAGGUUCAUAACAAAUUCAAUCUCUUACCGGAGACGCUUUUCCUCACCAUCAACUACAUCGACCGCUUUCUUUCCAAGAGAAAAGUGUCGCUUUCGAGGUUUCAGCUAGUGGGAGCAGUGGCGUUCUUCAUUGCUGCCAAGUACGAGGAGAUCAAUUGUCCCACAGUCCAAGAGGUCGCCUACAUGGCCGACAAUGCCUACACCAUCGACGAGUUUCUCAAAGCAGAAAGAUUCAUGAUUGAUGUCUUGAACUUUGACAUGGGGUGGCCGGGCCCCAUGUCCUUUUUGAGACGAACGUCGAAAGCCGAUGACUACGAUUACGAAACUCGAACGUUGGCCAAGUACUUUCUCGAAAUCACCAUCAUGGACUCCAAGUUUGUGGCGUCGCCUCCCAGCUGGCUAGCUGCUGGCGCCCACUACCUCUCGCGUCUAUUGUUGAACCGCGGCGAAUGGACCGAGUUGCAUGUGUUUUACGGCGGAUACACUGAAAAACAGUUGCGCCCCUUGGCGGAGCAGUUGCUUGAAAAUUGCCGGUACCCGGAAAAGAACCACAAGGCCAUCUUUGAGAAAUACCAGGAGAGGAGGUAUCGAAGGAGCUCGCUAUUUGUGCAGGAGUACUUUGACACUUUUCGAUAA